ACGUAUCCGUACAGCAUCAAAAGUGCUUCGACUAGUACCACCCGCAUUCUCAUCUUUGCUCUGAUUUCUACUCCAGACAACACCUGGCGAACCUCUCGAGUCACAGAGCGAGGUUGGGAACGUGCUGCCGGAACUUGCUCGGGUCGAACAGUGCUCGUUGGGCAGUUUGCGACCGAUGCUGAAGACAUGGUGCGCCCGAAUGCCAUGCCGCGACGCCAAUUCAAUACAGAUGACUAUCAUGCAGCCGUGUCGCAGAUCAUUUUGUCAUCAUCCGACCACGAUUUCUUCGACCAAUUGAUCCCUACACUGAAGGAGGCUACAACGUCGAACCGCACGACCUCGCUGGUCAGUAGCUUUAGUCGUUAUGCCGAUGACCGCGAAGCCGAUAUCGAAAGGAUUGGAUCAACCAAACACGAAGAAUUCCUGGAUUCUGUCACGCGACUGCAACAUGUACGAGAAGGAACAGUGAGCCUAACGGGCGAAAUUCUGCAACUCAACCAAUCCAUUCAAGCAAGUACAGAGAAGCUUGCCGAACAGAAGAGUGCCCUCGUCAAUACGAAAGCGAUCAGACAGAACGUUGCCGAUGCCUCGAGUGCAUUGGGCGACUCUUUGAGAAUACUUCAUGCAGUCAAUCAUGCUCACGAUCUUGUCAGGCGUAGGAAAUAUUAUCUGGCACUGAAGUCCCUUGAGGACUUGCAGAAUGAGCACCUUGUGCCUAUCCUACAAAAUCGUUACGCGACCCAGCACCGACUAGCAAGUCUCAUCCAGAAGUCGAUACCAGCAUCUCAAAAGUCUAUUUCAGAAGCAGUCAUGAAUGACUUGAACACUUGGCUAUAUCAUAUUCGAGAAACCUCGCAAUUCCUCGGCGAAGUAGCUUUUUACCACACCGAAAUGCGUCGGACUCGACAGAAAAAACGUAUCGAAGAGGAUCCUUUCUUGGGAAAAUUCAAGCUGAAUUCUGCCAUCGAGUUAGUUUGCGAUGAAAGUGAGGAAUUUGACGUCUUGAGCAACGAAGAGCUCCAAGUCGACUUCACACCCUUAUAUGAAGCUCUACAUAUUCAUGAAGCCCUCGGUCAACCCGACAAAUUUCGGAUUGAGUACUCCGCCACACGCCGACAGCAAAAGGACCUCUUGAUGCCGAGCACUGUGACUUUGGCGGCCGAAGAUGAGUCCUCACUCAGCAGCCUUCUCGAAGGCAUCGCCGGCUUCGCCAUUGUCGAGAGAGCGACGACUCUUCGCAUACCUCAGUUGAGAUCUCCGGCAGAGGUUGAGGAGCUAUGGGAGUCCAUGUGCACUACUGCGGUGAACCUCACUGCGAAAGCCCUUUAUGAUGUCAACAAUGCCGAAGUGCUUCUCAAAAUCAAGACAUUCAUAAUCAUGUUCAUACAAACUAUGGAGGGCUGGGGCUACUCUGUGUCUACUCUGGAUGCAUUUCUGCUCAAGUUGUUUGACAAAUACGCAGAGUUACUGAAGCGCAGGUUUAGCGACGAUUUCCAGGAAAUUGUCUUCACUGAUGAUUACAUGCCCAUGGCUAUCAACACAAAGGAAGAAUACGAGAAAGUUGUCAACGUGAGCUGGUACUCACCAGACAAGUCGACGGAUGAAUUGACCUUUCCUUGCGUCCUCCCCUUCUCCCAAAUGUACCCGCUUUGCUGCAUCGACAUCAGGAACUUCCUCAAUCAAUUCUACUUCUUUUCGGACGACCAUUUCCAGCAUCCUGAUGUGAUCGACGAGACCUUGAAGCGAUCACUCGAUGAAUUGUUGACCGAAAAAGUCUGUCAAUCAUUGGUGGACCGAUUGAGCUCGCAUUACCUCGGCCAGAUUGUCCAGAUUCUCAUCAAUUUGGAACAUUUUGAAAAGGCUUGCUAUGAUCUUGAGCAACUACUGAUCGAGGCGAGGUCCUCCACUUCAGCUGGCGGACCUCUAAAACUCAAUGCGACCGCGCAGUUCCGUAACAACAAGAAAACUGCCGAAAAAAGGAUCUUUGAGGUCGUGAAUUCCAAGAUUGACGAUCUCGUUGAUACGGCUGAAUAUGAUUGGACUCCUAGUGCUGUUGUUGCGGAACCAAGUAAUUACAUGCAUACCUUGACGCACUAUCUUUCCAAUAUCAUGAACUCGACAUUGUUGGGGCUUCCGACGGAGAUCAAGGAGCUGAUCUAUUUCGAUGCUUUGAGUCACGCGGCUGAUAAGAUACUUGCUCUUCCGCUGUCUCCAGACGUAAAGCAUAUCAAUCCUCAUGGCAUUGCAGCUUUAGCCCAGGACGUGCUGUACCUGACGGAAUUCGUGGACAGUCUCGAUAAUGGGCAAAUGCUUCGCCAAAACUUGGACGAACUCCAGCAAACCGUUGCACUACUGCAGUCCGAAAAUCACGACGAGUUCUUCGACAUUUCGACAAGGAAUAAGAAAUAUGGGCGGGUAGACGCAAUUAAUGGCCCUCUGCUGCUCGAGAAGAUGCUUCAUAGGCUCGUACCUAUCACACAAAAUUCUACGAAGAGCGCGCCACUUGCGAACUUCUCAUCGCGCUUCGGAAUGAUGAAGUAG